AUGAGCGUUCGGGGCCUGUACCUCCCGCUGCUGUCCCUCCCGCUGCUGGCCUGGGGUCUGGGUUUGCUGGUUCCUCCUCCUCACGAUGUGACUGUCAGAGCCGUGAACACCAACUACUGCCUGGUCUGGAACUGGACGGGGCCAGAAGGACAUGAGGUCUCCUUCACUACACAGUACAUCGGAAACAGUUUAAGUGACGACUCAGGCGUGGACUCGGGCGUGGACUCGGGCGUGGACUCGGGCGUGGACUCGGGCGUGGACUCGGGCCGUGUUCUGCUCACGGCUCAGGAGCUCUGA